AUGCCAAUGAGCCAUUUUACUUUCAUUCCUUCUAUUACCGUCUUCAAAACUUUCUCCAAACUAAAAAUGAUCGCCCGUCUCGCCAUCGCCGCCCUUCUUGUCUCCAGCUCUUUGGCCUGUCUUCCAGGACUCGGUGGACUCGGAGGAGGAUGUGGAGGAGCUGCUGCUUCCCCAUGUGCUGCUCCACCACUACCACCACCUGUAGCAUGCGGAGGAGGAUGUGGAGCUGCUCCAUACCCAGCCGGCCCAAUGGCUGCUCCAUACCUUGCCCCAGCUGCCAUCGCCCCACCACCACCACCACAAGGACCAGUCAUCGGAGUCGGAGCUCAACCAGCCAUCUACUCUGCCCCACUUCCAGCUGGAAAUGCUUACGUUGGACAAGGAAAAUAA